AUGUGGCCCUUAUAUUUGUGUCUUAUUAAUCUGUUAUUGGAAGUUAUUCAGGCAAGCCAAUAUGAAAACACGAUCUCGGACAUAUAUAACCAACAGAGAAAGACUGGUCUGUUAUUAGUACCGGAAACAUACAAAGGAACUUUAAAGAUGGAUGAAGAGAAUUUAAGAAAUACGAAAAAACAAAUUGGAAUAGUGACAUAUGAAAUCAAUGAAGAACUUUCAGUGAAAUCACUAUCAAUUAAUCAAUAUGUCGAUUGUGAGGAAAAAGUUUUAGAAGUUGAUAACGGUAUUAAGCAAAUGCAAGAUUUCAUACAUACGAUGGAUAAUAUCGAAAGAAGAUAUCAUGUAGUGAAUUCGAAAGCACCCGAAUGGAAAAAGUGUUAUCGGAAACAAUUAAGAAUUUAUCGUCGUAAGUUGCCUGAAGUUAAAAAGAGAAGGUGCAAUUCAUAUCUAAAGUCUGGUCGAAAAGCUGUUAUCGAUCUUACGAGCCUAAUGAAAUCACAACGCACCUACAUUAAUCAAUAUAAUACCGAUUUGUUAGCACAUCAGUUUCUUUUAGAAGCUAUCAAUGAGAUUUACAUUUCACGAGAAACAAUUUCUUCAAUUAAUGUUAUAUUUCUGAAAGAUACCCCAUUACAUGUAUAUCAGGCUAGUAUCAAUUGA